GUCUGGUGGGGCAGGGGCAGACCGCAUCAACAGACAGAAAAGAAGAGGGAAUGAGCAUAAGAAGCAGCAGUCCGGGAGGAACCCAAAGUGGGGGAGAAGUCAAGUGUCUGCGGGCCUUCAGCUUCUCGAAAGGUUGCCACUACACUACUGGGAUUAGGGGUAUCCUUCCUUUGCUAUUCUCUAUGGAAUAAAUUUGUCUUGAAACUUGGAACUUGAAACCUGAAACCUGAAAGCUGAAAGCUGCAACGUUGACGUUGUGAACCAACGAAGGGUUUGACGAAUCAAGUGUAUUCUAUUCCAGCUCCAGCUGCAGGACCAGCUCCGCACUGAUCUGGUCACCGCUCGGACGAGAUAGUCACACCGAGCAGCACGACCCCAGGCACACUCACAUCUCCCCUUUGCCUUUGCCAAAACCGCCAGAGCACGCACAUGCAGCGGUUCACAUGCACACACACGCUUUCCAGCCUCGGCAGUAGUUGAUGCAAGCUCAGCGUCUUGCUGUCGAAUUGAGUAUUUCUGAGUCUCUGACCUCCCCCCCACCACCACCACCACACCCGCACUGAGGGACAAGAGGUGCAUAAACACGCGCUAAACACUCAAACAGGCAAUCAUACGCAAACCCGCACAAGCGAGCGCGUGAACACGUGCAGAGGUGUGAAGAUGCAGUACUACACAAAGCAGCAGCAGCAAGGGGCGCAGAGAUACACGUCCUGCUGCAGAGUGGGUAAUUGGAACGAGGAUGUAGAGAUAGGGGAGACCCUUUUAAAGGAUUACCUAGCAAAGAAGAGCAAAGGACUGCUGAAGUUGGACAAGUUCAAGCGGCGUAUGGCUUGUGCCUUAGCCCCUGUGGAGCUGACAACCGUCGCUGACGAUGGCUUCGUCCACUUCGGUGACCUGGUGCGAUUACGCAACUUGUUCACUGAAGGCUAUCUGGCCUGCGAUGUGGAAGACAAGGACAGUCGUUGCGCUGCAACGGGGGAGUUCAUUUGUGCGGCCACGGUCUCGGAUCUACCUUCCACUACAGAACCAUGUGCACGCAAUACGUUUAUAAUUCGCAAGUACAAAGUGCCUCCACGGCAGUCGGUCUUCGACCAGCGGCAUGAUCACCCCGCCCACUUCCAUCACGAACAGGAACAGGAACGGGAUGGUGGGGACGACGAUCGCGAGGGUGGAGGGGAAGAGGAUGAAUGCCAGUGUGAAGAUGGAGGUGGAGAAGAUGGCGACGGCCAGGGCGAAAAAGGUGGACAUGGUGGUGCCCAAGGUGAAGGAGGAGGCAAUGGUGGUGGCUGCCAUGGUGCGGAAGUCGGAAAUGGUAAUGGCCAUGCUGAAGAAGAAGAAGAAGGCGGUGGACAUCAUGGUAGUGGCGAUGGUGAAGAAGAUGAGUGUACGGCUUGGGAGCCUUGCACUGUUCUUCACUAUGGAGAAAAGUUCCGCCUUGUAGCUAAUCCCAUGGUUCAGGGACGGCAGAUCAACGACCUUCAAGAGCCUCUCUAUCUUCACUCCUAUGCCCACUCUCCUGGCGGGUUCUAUUCUCGAUACUCGAGGCAUCAAGAAGUCGUGAUGACGGCGACCAGAAACUAUGGGUCGGUGUGGGCAGCCGUAUGCCUGGACCCCACAAGAAGGAUGCUGACAGAAGGAGAUCCAGUUAGAGCAGGUGAUGCUUUGGUCCUUGAGCACAAGGCCACGGGAACCCCUCUGUGUUGUGAAGGGGUCAUUCACGGCAAUGACUUCGGAAAGGAGAUGGAGUUGUCUUCACAUUUCGGAGGGACACUGAGGUCUGUACUCCGGCUGGAACACGAAGGAGCGGGAAUGCCACCGCAAUUUCUCAUCAAGGCGGAAGGGGUGUCAAACUACUGGGCCUUUGAGGGAGGGAACAAAGUGCAGGUCCUUCAUUUCCUGAUGCCUGCUCAGGGAAAAGCACUACAGUGUCUGGACAGGAUCAGUAGAACCUUCUCGGAUGGAGAAGAGGGAGGUGAUGAUCAUCAUGCAUGGGCCCAGGGCUUCUACCGCCUGCAGAAAAAGCUAGAGGAUAUGGAUGUGGAUGCUUCUGGGUGGCUGAGUAGAAUUGACUUCACCAGGGGCGUCAGCUUUGUAACCACGAUUGACCUGGACAAGAAAGACGUAGACGCUCUCAUCACUUUCCUUGGCUUUGAUGGGGUCGAUAACAUCUGCUAUCGGGACUUUCUGAUGGUGUUACAAUACUUUUGGACAGAAUCAACAACAUCCACCGAGGUGGAAACAACACCCAUCAAAAGGGGGGGGAAGACAUCCAUCAUCAAGGGGGAAACAACAUGCAUGAAGGAGGAAACAACAUCCACGAAGGGGGAAACAACAUCCAUCAAGGGGGAAACAACAGCCAUCAAACGGGAAACUGUGAAGAAAUGCCCUUUCUGAGUGUGUAAAUGCAAACUUGGUGGCGGCAGCUGAUUGGCUAGAAGCAGGAGAAACGUAGAGCUUAUUAUAAUACAAUUUGUGCAAACUGAAAUUAGGGCUCACAGGUCAAUGGUCAUCACUCAAAGCCAAAUUAAUGACUUUUCAUUAAAAAAAAAGGUAUUCAGCAAGGCAUUCACAAAUUUAAACCACCAGUACUUGGCCCAGCUAUCGGCCGCGGAAAAAAGUUGAGUAGAAACGUUUCUACUGUAGUCGGAUGAAUUUGGGCACUCCUGCAGUGGCCCCUACGUUUCCUCAAAUUGUGGCUUGUUAACGGGUACGACUUCAGGAAGUAUUGCUGGUUUGAUAUGGACUGGCUGGGGGGACAGGCAGGGAGGAGUCUGGGUGAGGUGCAUUGGGCAGGGGCGGAAGAGACAGGGAACUGUCUCAUGCGGGGAUUUCCAGCUUAUCUUUCCGAACUGGUUAACACCUCAGCCGGCUGAGCCGGGAGCCUCCCUCAGACUUCCUGAUUGUUUCCCAGGCUGAGAGCUGUUUCCUCCUUCUGAGCUGUCGGUGGUUGACAUACAAUGGUAUGGCAUGAGCGAGGAGUAAUCCAGGGCUCGACUGAUAAGUCCUUCAAGAUAGGGAGCUUGGUUUACAAAGG